UGUCCGAGGGAACCAGCUCGACCAAUUCACUUACGUUAUACAACGUAAUUUGCGAACUAUAACAGAACAUCGAGUAUGAAUAUGUCGUUUGUCAUACUGUUGAUCGGAUUUCUGUGUCUCCUUGACCUCUCAGUUUCCACGAAUCAUAGUAUCAAACGGACCAAAAGGGAAUUCGAUACCACAUACUUGGUAUUCCCUGAAGGGAGCAAUAUUCAACUGGUGUACUGUAUGAGUUUAGGCACCUACGUGAAGCCUACCGGUUUGCUCAGUUUGGGAGUGACAGUGGGUCAGGCAUGGCAGUUGCCUUCGAAGAGCAUGCUGUCAAACAAGUUUAGGGAUUAUCAUCGUCGAAGCAGAAGAGAGUUGUAUCGCAAAGUGGAGCUUCUGUUGGGAAGUCAGGGCAACGACGGAAGGUCCUGCGUCCUUAAGGCGAUCUGCGAUGCCUCCGCAAGAAGUCGACAGGAGAUUGGCAAGGGAUCCUUCCUUCAGGAGAUUCUGCACGCAGUAUUCACGGUGCCAGAUGGAUUCAGCGAUACAGAAUCAAUGACCGACUACGACAGAGCCUACCUUUGGAGGGAGAAGUGCCAGGAAGUGCUGGACAAGUGUCCAAACGUGUUCUGAACAGACAGAGAAUCAUUCUUCUUCAUUUUCUAAGUGACCACACGAUCCUCGACCAUCUAGGAGGCUCCUCGAAAGCACUCGAGUUACGUCUCCCAUCGAGGUGGCAGGGAAAUCGUCUCUAAUUAGUGUGCUUCAUUUACUUACUGCUUUACAUUAACACCUUGAUGGUCAGUGUGAUGAAUUUCAGGUGAUUUUCAUACAGUUUUUCAGACUGAACAAGCUGUUCUUGGACAGCGGACCAUGGAGAGAG